AUGAGCGCCGUGCCUCUUAAUCCGUACUUGGGUAUUAGCUUCCCAUGGGAAAAGACAGAAGAUGUUACCAUCAUGGGAGGACACGCUCAUUUUUUGCAAAGUAGCAUGACUGAAUUUGAGUCAGAGAAUGAUGAAAGUGAAGGACACGGUAGCGGAAUGUAUGGUGAACUGGCUGCUUCUCGAUCCUCCGGUACAUUUUCCGCACCGCUGAGCCGGUCAGUGGGGCCAUCGAGUACUGUGGGAAGUAUGCAAGAAUAUUCCCCGCUCCCUGAAGAGACUCAUUUCGCUUCGCAGCCUGUACAGCAGCAAGACAUCAAUCUUGUUCAGCCGACCCAGCAGCAUGCGCAGCCCACAGAAGAUUUAUCUGAGUGGACUCACGACACGAUUCAGCCGACAGAAAAUGCUACUAAGGAAACGCUACCUGUCGAAAAUGCGUCAUCUGCAGAAGCGGCUUAUCCUGAUCAAGCAUCAUCUAUCGAAAAAAAUGAGGCCACUCAAUCGACGGAGAAAACUACAGCCCAGAAAGCAUUUGUAGAGCACGCUCCCACGGACAGGGCCCCCACCGAGGCGUCAUUUCCGCAAGAGACCACUAUGGGCUUCGACGACUUUGAGCGUGCUUUACUUCGUGAACAUAUGGAGCCACAAUCUUCCUUGCGCGCCACGAAAGUGACUAGGAUCACGAGCAAUACACCUGCCUUAGAGGGAGAACGUCGCUCCACGGAGCAGCCAGCGCACGCUCUAGAUGGGCAGCAAGGCGAAACUAUGAGCGAUGAUCCAGCUUCAAAUAUGUCGAAAGAGUCAACACAUAAUCAUAAGCAGGAUGGACAGGCUGCCAACUGCUUCGGAGAAGAAACUGCUCAUGGCGCGACCGAGCAAGUGCCGGUGAAUGUACAGGACGAAUCUAAGAGUGUGUACAGCCCUGGUGCAAGAAGCCCUGAGGGUGAAAACUUCGAAAAGUCAUCCUCGCCCGUUGAUUUUUCAUGUGUGCCUGAGAUGCGCACUACCCAUCACAGCAUGUAUUCGUUCAACCCGCAUGAAAAGACGGCGCUGGAGAACUCAAAUCAAAUGUCUAAAGAGCUUGAUGCCGAUAAAGCCCAGAUCGAAAAUUCUUAUGAUGGCCUUGGGAUCUCUGGCACAAGUCAUGUCGGUACCCAACCAGAGCACGAGCAAGCAAAGCCCGUAUCGCAUCCUGCUGGUAUUGAGGAGACCCCACCCAUCAGACCCAAGGCUCAACGCACAACUGCUCCCCAAAUGCCGGCCACCUCAGCCAUCCCGCAACAUGCUUCAACUGAAGAUAUGAAUCGCACGCUUAAAAACAAGGCAAGCCGGUUCUUCAAGUCUGUCUGGUCUGGCAACAAGUCCAAGCGCCUCUUGGACACGCCAAAGUCGGAACCUAUCCAUGAUCCCUCGAACAAGCAGCGUUGGAAUAUUCGCGACCGCUUGCGUCCUCGUAAUGUGCGAGGCCAUGCGUGCUCGACAACCGAAACAGACAUGACAUCAUCGCACUUUGACUCUGGGGAGAGACCCACGGCACCUAUGCGCCGCAUGAACCGCGAUGUACCAAGUGCGUACUACUCCCCAGCAGUUUCUUCGCACCCAACGCCUGGUCGCCAUUCCCAAUCGCAGAGUCAAUCGCCGCUGAAAGAGACGCAAGACAGCAAAACGCCUCUGGGCUUUCUCUUUAAGAAGCGUGCCUCGGAUGUGGAUCCUGUUCGCCCCUCGCUCUCACACAAGGCCUCCAACGGUAUACUACCUAUGCGUAGAGUAAACGAAGAGCCCACGCCUGUUGAGACAGAGAUAAGGCGCAACGAGUCUAUGAUGCGCUCACGGCGCCGAACCCACAGCAUCAGCAAUAUGACGCCAGUGCGUGAAAACAUGCAAGAGCGAAACGAAAAAGGUUUCAAUAAUCAAUCCGGUUUGUCGCCUGUCACGCAUACCAAUGAACCCGGACAGCACACUAUGCCUCACUCUACAGCAGAUGAUGCACAGAUACACGAAGCCAAUCAUGAUGCUGCUACGUUGGAGCCAGUCGUAAACCCUUCCAGUGAGGCACCAGUCACAGAAUCAGUGCCAGCACAGCAAUCACCUGCAUCGCGAACUGAUGAGGAGAAAUUGAUGCAGAAUCACAACACGGUCAAUUCCAUUGUGGAUGCUCCUUCCUCCUUGCCUCCUCUAUCUGCGGAAGAAAAGCGUCUAUCUUUAGGCCUAGAUGAGGACUCUUGGGCCCUAGACUUGAACUUCGACACACAAUUGAACACAAGCUCUGCGGCUACUUCAAGUCCCAUCUCGGUACAGAACAAUCCCUUCCUUGCGCAGCCUUAG